UUUAGUUGCACAUUUCGGCUCGAUUUCGUUGGCGACACCCACUGUUCUUCUUCUUGCCGAGCAUUGCCUAGCAACGAAUUGUCGGAUGCUUGUAAACAAGUUUGCGAAAUUCUCUGAUGAAUAGUGAACAACAAUAAACAACGAAUAUAUCAAUAUAUCAGACACAUUAUUAAUUGCAAAUCGAAGUUAAAGAGGCACAAUACCAUGGCUGAUGGGCAUUUUAAAAUUGUGGCGAUUUUAAAGAAAAGAGGCAGUUCGGCAAUACUAGAAUAUUCCUAUGUGCCAUACCAGUGGGAAAAGGAUGGAAUCCUUUAUUGGCCGAAAAGAAAUAUUUUAUCCUUGCGAAAAGAUCCAACGAGCAUGUAUGAAUCUGAUUGGGAACAGUAUAAGUGUAAAGUAAAAAAGGAUAAUAUCGUGGGGAUCGACGAGGCCGAACUGUGGGAGGAAGAGUAUGUGAAUGCAUCGUGUACUGAAUCAGAAGAAACUUUGCCGAUUAAAAGACAUAAACCUAAUAAAAGCAUCCAACGGCCAAUUCCAUCCCAAACAUCAAUCGAUAAACU